CCAGGUGCGCGGUGAGGCGGCGCUUCGCGGAGACAGGAAGUGUGUCCCCAGCGGCGGCCCGUGCCGCGCUCCCGCGAGACGCUCACCUGCGCCCCAGGUGAGCGGCGAGGGGGGCGGGGGAGGGGCUGAGCUGCAGGCGGUUCACCUGGCGGAACAGGUGCCUGGCUAUAACAAACCAUGCAGUGAGCCAUGCCCGGCCCCAGACACCCCCGCCCGUCAUCUGGGCCACCACGUUUGGGACCCUGGGAACAAGCCACAGAGCUAUGCCUGGAGACAUACGAUAAGCCAGCCCAGCCUUCACCAAGCCACCGAACUCACAGGCCAGACCCCAAGGACCCAGGCCACUAUGGCCCCGAAAAUGUCACCUUCAUCUCUAGCUCAAACGAGCCAGGUGCCGAACCCCCUGCCUGCUGCCUGCUCUGGCGACCCUGGGUAUGGGACUGGUGCCGCACUGCCUUCUGUUUCCGCCGCUGCCGGGACUGCCUCCAGCGCUGGGGAGCCUGUGUGCGGGGCUGCAGUCCCUGCUUACCUGCUGGGGACUCCACGGAGGGGCCUGCCGAAGCCAGCUGGGCCAAGGAACACAACGGCGUGCCUCCCAGCCCUGACCGUGCACCUCCUAGCCGGCGGGAUGGCCAGCGGCUCAAGUCAAAUGUGGGCAGCAGUUUUAGCUACCCUGACGUCAAGUUCAAAGGCAUCCCUGUCUAUCCUUACCGCAAUACCAUGUCCUCAGCCCCUGAUGCAGACUCCUGCUGCAAGGAGCCGCUGGCCGAGCCCCCGCCCAUGCGGCACAGCCUGCCCAGCACCCUCGCCAGCAGCCCCCGCGGCUCUGAGGAGUAUUACUCCUUCCACGAGUCAGACCUGGACCUUCCCGAGAUGGGCAGCGGCUCCAUGUCCAGCCGCGAGAUUGAUGUACUCAUCUUCAAGAAGCUGACAGAGCUGUUCAGCGUGCACCAGAUCGAUGAGCUGGCCAAGUGCACGUCGGACACUGUGUUCUUGGAGAAGACCAGCAAGAUCUCAGACCUUAUCAGCAGCAUCACGCAGGACUACCACCUGGACGAGCAGGACGCCGAGGGCCGCCUGGUGCGCGGCAUCAUCCGCAUCAGCACCCGCAAGAGUCGCACCCGCCCGCAGACCUCAGAGGGGCGCUCCAUGCGGGCUACUGCCCCUGCCACCACAGCACCUGACAGUGGCCAUGAGACCAUGGUGGGCUCAGCUCUCAGCCAGGAUGAGCUCACAGUGCAGAUCUCCCAGGAGACCACAGCAGACGCCAUCGCCCGGAAGCUGAGGCCUUAUGGAGCCCCAGGGUACCCAGCCAGCCAUGACUCGUCUUUCCAGGGCACCGACACAGACUCGUCUGGUGCCCCCCUGCUCCAGGUGUACUGCUAACCACACCAGGCCCCGCGACGCCGCCCUCCCUGGGAGAAGCAUGGCCUGCAGAAUGAGGGGCCGGAACCCUGCUCUUGGGGGUGGCUUGGCCAUGGACCCAGCAGUGUCCACUCUGGUGCCUCCUCCCUUAGCUGGAUUGGCUCCUGGACCACUUGUAUUUUAUUGGGCCCUGGUGCCCACAGCUCCGGCCGCCUCAGUUGGCCUGUUCCUUCCAGCUCACGGCCUUUGGGUGGACUGAUGAGAGAAAAGUAAGGACUUAAGUUACCUUCCGAAUUGAAUCCUGACUCCAUGCUGCCGUAACAUAGCAUACAGACUUCUCCCUGGAGGAACCUACUGCUAAAAGCAGCUUAAGUAGACUGGGUUGGGGGUGGGCAGGGCCCACGCCACACAGUUUCGUUUCAUUUCUUGGCUGUUCUACAUGUUAACAUGACACUAAUUUCAAGUACA